AUGGACCGACCUUCAGACGUAGAAUUCUGCCUUGGCGUAAUUAAGCGUUUUUUAGUGUGUCCUAUAUGUCUGGAUAAUUUCAAAAAUCCACUCAUCACCCCAUGUGCCCACAUGUUCUGCACGUUCUGCAUUCAUGAGCACAUAGGGCGCAAGCGACAGGCCAAGUGCCCUCUCUGCAACCGCGAAUUCACCCGCCGUUCCCUUAAAGUUUCUGGAAAAGUGGGCCGUAUUGCUAGUGCAUGUGAAGCUAUUCUAACCGCUUAUGAAGUUGAAUCCGGUAAUCCAGGAACGGCUGCACGGACCAGACAUACUCGUGUUCAACAGGAGCAGCCGUCGCAAUCACCUGAACUUGAUGAUGCGCUUGCUACACAACCAAUGGUACAUCCUAAUAUAGACUGCCAAACUACCCGGCCUAAUAUCUCCCCUUCGGACGAGCACCAUGAGGCUGGGAGUGAUUUGGGUGAUUUGUUUUCAUUCACCCAAGCCACUCAACCAAUGUGUACCAGCGCUGAUGAAUCCACAUCUGUUGGGGACAUGUUGAGCCAUGUUUUCCAAACAUCUAGGAAGGGUACUAAGUCGAGGUCUCCAACUCAAACAAGGGAGAAACAACUGCAAUCCACAACAGGAGAUGAAAUAGUAAAGCGUUCGCGUAACAAAGUUAUUCGAACAGUUCCAUUUUUGCCUCCUUUGCCACCAUCUGUUUCCAGCAGCGCAGCUUUAUCCUUGCGAAAGCCGGGCAGCAGAAGGAAUUUACUCGCCUUGUCUGCUUCCAAUAUCGUCACGUCCGACAAACAUGGGCCGCCCCCAGAAUGCUCUUCGGGUCAUGCGUAUUUACGGAAAACACAUGAAGUACUCUGUCGUGUGCAACCUACUGUUGUCGAUAGAAUGCCUUAUCAAGAAGAUCGUAAUCCUGAAUCAUUAAUCGAGUCCACUGAAUGUGGAGAUAAACAUUCUGGUCUUUCAGAAAAGCUGAAGCGCCAGCCAAGCGCCUCGUGUUCGGUGCGGUCCUGGCCCUUAAAACGGCAAAGACUUACGUUGUCUGUGGAGAUCCGCAAUCGUUUACUUCAGAAGUAUGGAGUGACCAGACGGUCUGUAAUUGAGGGCGCUAUUUCAUCUACACUGCAACAAACCACAAAAAGUCCCGGGUGGUCACGUUGGCGUUCAAUGCGCAAAGAACUGCAACGCCGUAGCUCUUCCACUCGUCUUUCUUUUCGCUCGAAAUCCUGUGCAUCUCUUCAGCCAAAGGAACCUUCCCGUAGCCAAGGCGUAUUGCUACCGAAAAAUGCUAGACCUAAUCAGUCUGAGGACUGUACACCUUCCGUUCGCCAAUCUCUUUCUCGUCAUGAUAAGCUAAGGCUUACAAAGAGAGAUUCUCAGUCAAGAUCAUCAAUCUCUUCCACAGCUGAGAAACUCAAGCCAUGCAAAUUCGUGAUUCCUCUCCGUAGGAUAUUUUCGUCAAAACGAUCUCGUGUGUCUCUGCCACUCUGCACUGUACCAGUUGUUCAAGUAGGAGAUGCGGGACCCAGAAAAGUCACCGAUCAUUCAGAUUCGAAGACGAAAACCUACACAACUAACCUCCCUUCAUCAAGCAACCUUGACGAUCAUGAGCUAUCUGUGGCUGGCGACAGUCUGAGCUUUCUGGACGAUGUUGAUCAUACACACGUACAUUGCAGUGCAUGUGGUGAGACACUACUUCUGCGUCCCGACAGUUUUAGUGCGUUUAAUUCACCGGGGUCACGAAAUACUACAAACCAAGGUCGGACGCCCUCCCCAGCUCCUCGCUUGUCGUGCUCCAUCUCGUCUACCUACUGGCAAGCAGAAGAUCCAAGCGACACAAUGUUUGACCAGGCCCAUGGUUAUACUGGUGAUAAAAACCCGUUUCAAGAACUUGAACCUACCGCUCCGGCGCAUGCUCAAAAAGCAGUUUGCGAUACAGCUUGCCAGACUGAUUUACCACAAUCAUCGGACAGGUCGCCUGUAUGCGGACCUUUUUCAAGAACAGGUGUUGAAACACAUCGUUCAUCUCAAAUUCCGGUGGUUCCUGCACCAACCUCCCUUCAGUCUCCUCUUGCAGUAACGACUGCAGCUCACCUCAGAUCUCCUGUCUCUAUCUCACCCACCUCUUCGGCUUUGGUCAAAGACACAGGAACUUCGGAAUCUCCAUGCACGUUAACCAGUGUGACCUCCACAUUCCCUGCAAGUUCUAGCGAAGUAAUGCCCACCAUAGACCGAGAACGGUUAAGAACAGAGUGUAAUGAAUUGGAGGCUAUCGUGGCCGCCUUGCAGCGGCAGCUGGAAGAACAAGUUGGCGGGCUUAGCCCAGACACGACGGCAGAACUACUGAGAGCCGCAGGUACUGAACCGACGGACGCAGAUGAUGAUGACCGGGAGUUACCAGAAGCCCGUGUCUUAAUCGCAACGAAAUGCCCCGUCACCAACGACUCUUUUGAGACGAAGGCUGGUGAAGGCAGUGGUUCACCAACGGUAACAAUACCGAGCCCAGGUCUCCUCAAAUCAAAUGAAGAAUUUGACUACCGUACCAUGCACCGUUUGCAGUCAGAAUUCUUCCCAUCUGUGGUAUAUGACCGGGAGUUACCAGAAGCCCGUGUCUUAAUCGCAACGAAAUGCCCCGUCACCAACGACUCUUUUGAGACGAAGGCUGGUGAAGGCAGUGGUUCACCAACGGUAACAAUACCGAGCCCAGGUCUCCCCAAACCAACUGAAGAAUUUGACCACCGUGCCAUGCACCGUUUGCAGUCAGAAUUCUUCCCAUCUGUGAUUCCGGGAACUUACUCUUCAGAAGCGGUUGAUAUAAUCCCCUCGUCUCAAGCCGAAGAAGACUUGGACCAGCAAGCUGUGAUGGAGCCAGUUUCAGAACAAAACAUGAUCAGGGCUUUACCUUCCAGUUUUCAGUCUUCCCUGCCCGUCUCUCGGGUGGAAGCCAGCCAGCCGCCAAGUUCUUACGCGACUUCCGCCAUGUGCGAAUUCACCCCACUCGUAUCCACCUCGUCUCAAAGUUUGGUAGGUAGACUGGCGAAUUCCGCUUAUCUGAGCGAAUGCCCAGAAACCAACUUGGAGUCGCAAGCGAACACCGUGAAUCCAUUGGUUGCGACCGAGUCUACUAGGCAGCGACAACAAGGGCCAAGCAAAACUCCACCCUCCGCUUUGGUGAUAACCGGUUCCAGCCUGUCUGGACCUGAUAUGGCCCUUUUACACUUGUUCUGCCGGCGGUUUGAAGUGUCUGAAGGUGCACAAUUUGUUCCUGGAAAGACAACUCACGUUGUCAUGAGGUCAGAGGCAGAUCGACCACGUGUUGUCAAACGCACUUUAAAAUACUUUAUGGCUAUCCUUAAUCGAGCGUGGAUUGUCAACACGGACUGGAUACGACAGUGCUUAGCCGCCAACAGAAUACUGGAUGAGACACCAUUUGAAAUCGAAGGAGAUACGGUCUGUGGUGACUGUCAUGAAGGUCCUCGUCGAGGACGUUUGAAUGUUCCGGCCCAGCCACAACCACUUGAUUUGGAUGGUUCUAACAAUGGGCCAUUCGCCGGACUGUGGCUAUGUGCCUACGAGAGCCUUGGUCUUCUGUCGUUGGCAGAUUUCAAAAGAUUGGCAACGGAUGGCGGGGCAACCCGUGUAUUUGACAAACCGAUUGACCUAGCCGCGGCCGUGAAUCAGUAUGUAAACGCCCAGUUAGCCCGUCCAUCUAGGCCCCGGGCUAUUAUCCUAACUAGCCAUGAUGCUCAAGGAUUCACCCUUUCAAAAUGCCAAGAGGUCUACCGCAUCCAUGGAUUCCCCAUAAUCAGUGUUGAUUGGAUGCUGAAUUGCAUCUCAUUGUUCCGACGUAUCCCAAUCAGUCAAACCUAUCGAAUCUGUCCGGCACCAGGCGAACAGCCAGCAGUUCCACUGAGUACCAGGAAUCGUCCCCAGUAA